AUGCAGAUCUUCGUCAAGACCCUCACUGGCAAGACCAUCACCCUUGAGGUCGAGUCCUCGGACACCAUUGACAACGUCAAGUCCAAGAUUCAGGACAAGGAGGGCAUUCCUCCCGAUCAACAGCGAUUGAUUUUUGCUGGAAAGCAACUUGAGGAUGGUCGCACUCUGAGCGACUACAACAUCCAGAAGGAGAGCACUCUCCAUCUCGUCCUCCGUCUGCGUGGUGGCAUGCAGAUCUUCGUCAAGACCCUUACCGGAAAGACCAUUACCCUCGAGGUCGAGUCCUCCGACACCAUUGACAAUGUGAAGUCGAAGAUCCAGGACAAGGAGGGUAUCCCUCCUGACCAACAGCGAUUGAUUUUCGCCGGCAAGCAGCUUGAGGACGGCCGAACCCUAUCCGACUACAACAUUCAGAAGGAAUCCACUCUCCACCUUGUCCUUCGUCUCCGUGGUGGUAUGCAAAUCUUCGUGAAGACCUUAACCGGUAAGACUAUUACCCUUGAGGUUGAAUCGUCGGAUACCAUCGACAACGUCAAGUCCAAGAUUCAAGACAAGGAAGGAAUUCCUCCCGACCAACAGCGACUCAUCUUUGCGGGUAAGCAAUUGGAGGAUGGCCGAACCCUCAGCGACUACAACAUCCAGAAGGAGUCCACUCUUCACCUCGUUCUCCGACUACGUGGUGGAAUGCAGAUCUUCGUCAAGACGUUGACAGGAAAGACGAUCACUCUGGAAGUUGAAUCAUCGGACACGAUCGACAACGUCAAGAGCAAGAUCCAGGACAAGGAAGGCAUUCCCCCUGACCAACAGCGACUUAUCUUCGCUGGUAAGCAGUUGGAAGACGGUCGCACUCUGAGUGACUACAACAUUCAGAAGGAGUCUACGCUGCACUUGGUGCUCCGUCUCCGUGGUGGACAAUAG